AUGGUCAUUCAUAAUCAGUUUGUAUAUAUAAGCUCAAGGAUUACUAACAAUUUGUUUAGAUUAACAAUGGUUACUAUGAAAUCUGAAGAAGGUAAUGAAUUUGAUCAAAGCCAAGAUCAAGCUUCACAACUUUCUAAUAAUCCAAAUGUUGGUGGAACAGGAGCAGGAGAUGAUGAUGACGAUGAAGAUGGAGGAGCAUCAGGUAAAACUCAAAAAGAACGUAGAAAAAUUGAAAUUAAAUUUAUUCAAGAUAAAUCAAGACGUCAUAUUACAUUUUCGAAAAGAAAAGCAGGUAUUAUGAAAAAAGCUUAUGAAUUAUCUGUUUUAACUGGUACUCAAGUUUUAUUAUUGGUUGUUUCUGAAACUGGAUUGGUUUAUACUUUUACUACUCCAAAAUUACAACCUUUAGUUACUAAAUCAGAAGGUAAAAAUUUGAUUCAAACUUGUUUAAAUGCUCCAGAAGAAGGCUUAGGUGAUGAUCAAGAAAAUCAAAGUGAUGGUAAUACAGGUGAUUCUCCAGAUCAAAGCCCUGCACCAAAUCAACAUCAACAACAAAAUCCAAAUGCAAUUGCGGCUGCUGGUCAUUCACAACAAGUUCAACAACAACAAGCUCAAGCACAAGCUCAACAACAACAGGUACAUGCCCAACAGCAGCAAAAUGCUGGAGGUAUGCCACCAAUACCUGGUCAACAUGGUGGAUUAGCUCAACAUUAUCAACAAGGUAAUGCUAAUCCUGGAGGUCCAGGUGGUCCAUUGCAAGGUAAUUAUGGUGAUCAAUAUCUGUAUUUUGGAAAUAUGCCAAAUAGUAAUAUACCUAAUCAACAACAAUAUCAAUAA